UGUGUGUGUGUGUGUGUGUGUGUGUGUGUGUGUGUGUGUGUGUGUGAACAGACCGAGGUUGCCACUUGUGGGCUUGGUACAUGAAAAAAAUUGUGCGUACAUACAACUGUCCCGCAGCAACACCUGCACCGCAUCGCAGCUCCAGGAUGGCGAUCAGUCCUGGACGUGUCACCGUCAGGGCAACAAAGAGCCUCGCACCACGAAAGGCCGGUCCCGUUCCGCACACGGCGUCCCCCUGAGCUGUGUGUAUACAGUCAGCAAAUCAAUCGCCUCUCCCACCCUACGACGCCAGACCCGGGGGUUCCUCCUAGCAAGUCUCCAUGCAGGCCCCCUGUCCAUCCUAAGUACCUCAUGGCAGGAUUCAUCGACUUGCUCAACCAUGAACUAACUUACCUGCCAGUUUUCAAGUCCUUGGUUGCGUCUGAAGUGAGACCACAGAAGCCUGGCCAAGGAGGCGCUGCAAAUAGAAGUGCUCUAAAGACUGAAUUAUUUUACCCUGUGCGUAGGAUAACCUAACAGUGAAAUAAAAAAAACUCGAGGUGAUUACAACAUUAAAGCACGAAGCACACCUGAUACCUGUGGACAAAAAAAUAAUAGUGUGCUUUCGAAAUGAACAAGCCGAUGUAUUAAUGAACAACACACAACCUUCUAGUAAUGACGGACGAGUCGUGACUGAACACACGUGUUCCUCUCACUCUGUAGAAUACAUAGACAAAAAGACAGCUGUGGGUGCUUGCAUAUCUUGACACCAUGAAAGUAUUCCAACUAACUAGACCUUUUAUUAUACUUUCAGGAUCAGUUUUCAUUCUUAUAAUGUUUUAUGCAUCCUACCCAAUGAGUCAUCCCCAAAUACUGCAGCAGCAGAUCGAUGACACAAAGAAGGAUGAUCGGCUCCAUGAAGAUAAUCCAAAACUUAAAAACAUUCUCGACACCAUAAAAAGAUACUUGCAAGAACAGGCUCCGAUUAGUAAAAUUUUGCAAGAUAACUCUUCUGAGGCUGAUCCUGAUGAUGUCCACGACUUAAGUCCUGACGACAUCUUCGACCUUAGCCCAGCAGACUGGCGGCCUCCGCCUUCCAUGAUUCCUGUUACGACUAACACGGAGGAGUGUCUGCCACAGAUGAAGGACCUCCGCGUUCAACCCGUCAACGAGCAGGAUUGUGAUCAACCCUACGUGCUGAUGAACCACGGCGGGCGUCUGGGGAACAAGUUGUGCCAGUACGCCAGCCUCUACCUCCUGCGACACCUUUACGGCGUCAGGGUCGCCAUUACAAAAUACAUGCAGAGCAAUUUACGAGGCGUAAUGAAGGACAUCUCCUUGCCAGCACACGAAGCCGGUUGUUUCCCAAGUAACACUACUAAUCUCAGGUACGACGCUAUGUACAUGAAGCUUUACACGGCAGCAAAGGAAGCCAGGCUCGGAACCACAAACAAAAACUUAAUAACGACGCCGCUGCUCAACCAGUCCUACUACGUGUUCAACAACCCUGGACCUCGUGCCCUCCUCAUGGACCAUCGGGACCUGCUGCGUUCCAUUCUCAGGUUCAAAGACGAGGUAAUCUCCAAGGCUAUUGGAAACAUUGACAAGGCCAUCAAACCAUAUAACGCUACGUAUUACCGAAGGGACUUUCCUAUCGUCACUGUGCAUGUUCGGCGAUCGGACUACACUGGCUACAUCAGAGGGAAAUUUAACUUGACGCAGUUGGACGAAGUUUACUUCAAAAGAGCUUUUGACUUCUACAAGAAAAGAUUGAAUGGGCCCAUGUUCCUUGUGCUGAGUGACGACCUGGCGUGGUGUAGAAUGAACCUGGCAACACAGGACGUGGUGGUCAUGGAUGGAGCAACAGCGACCGUAGACAUGGCUACAAUCAGCCUUGGAGACCACCACAUCACCAGUUAUGGCACCUACAGCUUCACUGGAGCCUUGUUGGGUCACGGGCACAUCACACACCCAAUUGGUCACAACAGACGGUACAAGCUUGUUGAUUGUGUGCGAUCGCCUUACUUCCAUUAUAUUUCCAGGGACAAGACAUAUGUGAUCGACAACUCUCAUGUAAAACUGGUGUAGUGUCUUUGGCUGCGAUAAGAUAAUAAUGUAAAGGAUAUGGUGGUAAGAGAACAAAAGCAUUAAUGACUAAGUUAUAAAAUACAUCAAGAAAACAAAAUAGGCAUGAGAACGUGACAUGCAUAGCUAAUGCUGCCAACUCAGUGCAAUGAACCAUGGAUGGGUGUGUUGUCACUCACACCGAGUGAGUCAAUCACAGCCUGAGAGAAUCCUUGUGUCCAGCGCCAGUGAGACCUAACACCUCAAUGCAUUUUCUAAAAAAAAUAAAAUAACUUUCAUGCAAGAAACCUCUGGAUGAUGGAUUUUGGUUUCCAAACUAGAGAGCAAGUAGUGUCAGAGUAAAGAUAAAAGUAGAGUUGGGAGCAUACGCUAUAGCUGCGCGUGGCCGCGGUGCUCAUCUUCAUCCCGUUGGCCCUUAGGGUGCGGCAACACUGCACGCGGUUUGCUGGGAGGGUAGAGGGUAGCGGGACGCCUAUCGGGU